AUGCUCCCCGGUUUGGGGAGCCGUCUAUCAUAUUUCCUCUCCUUUCGAGAACAUGACGUUACGCUCGGCCAUAUUGAAUCUCGUAUCUCACGAGAGGGAUACAGUAGCUACGAUUUUUUCGUGACUUGUGACAACAGCCAAAAAAAGUUGAAAGAGGCCAUCAACGCCCUGAAAUCGAAAGCAAGUUCCAUACAGAUUCUCUCCAGACAACCAGAAGACGGUAAUAAAACGGAAAUUCCUUGGUUCCCGCGCAAAAUUGCAGAUCUUGACAAAUUCGCCAAUUCGAUUUUGACAUAUGGAGCAGAACUGGACGCAGAUCAUCCUGUAUCUUCAACUAGCCCACCUUUUUUUCUCUAUCUUCAAUUCUGUCUUUCUUUCAUUCAUUCUCUACCAACUGCCCUUGCUACCAUCAACAAACUAACUACGUCUUUCUCCCCCGUCCCCUAUACCCCAGGAGAAGGCGGCGGCUGGGGAAAACAAGCAUGA